UURCGCAUGCGCGGCCACAGCGCCGCCACUGCGGCCGGGGAGGGGGAGCGGUCCCUGCCCGGGCCCGGAGCGGGGCCGCAUGGCRAGCCUGGUCCCCGCCGCCGCCUCAUCUCCCGCCGGCGCUACGUCCCGCAGCAAGAAGCGUCCGGCSAGCCCGGGCACCGGCGGCGGCCCUGCCAAGAAAAAGAAGGCGACGGCGCCUGGCGGYUCGCAGAGUGCAGGUGGAGAGGCUGUGAAUGAAAAUAAAUUUCUGAACACGGACUCCAGCACAGGAUCAGUGGAAACUACUGCCAAGCCAUUACCAUUUAAAGAUCCAAACUUCAUCCACUCCGGCAUUGGUGGAGCAGCAGCUGGCAAGAAGAACAGAACUUGGAAGAACCUAAAACAAAUUCUUGCUUCAGAAAGGGCAUUGCCAUGGCAACUAAAUGAUCCUAGCUAUUUUAAUAUUGAUGCUCCUCCUUCCUUUAAGCCUGCCAAGAAAUAUUCAGACAUUUCAGGACUUCCAGCAAAUUACACAGAUCCACAGAGCAAGCUAAGGUUUAGUACUAUCGAAGAAUUUGCCUAUAUUCGGAUGCUCCCUUCAGAUGUGGUUACUGGAUACCUGGCUCUAAGAAAAGCAACAAGUAUUGUUUCCUGAAGAGACUAAAUAUUGUUCUACGUAUUGCAUAUGAAUAGUGCUCAUUUGGAGUAUCAUAAUGGAAACUGACUGUGRGACUGAGGUUCUCUUAAACUAUCCAUGGAUUUUUACAUCUGGAAGWAGUUGACAAUACAUGCAUUUGAAGAACAUGUGGAUUUAAUUUUCAUAAAUGCUGAUAUUUGUUAGUUUGCCAAUUUGUUAGCAAUUUGGUUUGGUGAACAGAAUAACUUAGACCUUAAGGAUAUGUAUCUGUACCAUAAUGUCUCAUUUAUGUUAAUUUCUGUAAAGACAGGAUUUCAUCUCCACCCUGUAUAUUUUAURUAGUACCCUGACUCAGAAGAAACUGUCAUUUGAAUUAAGGAAAAGGUAACAAGAUAUCCAGAUGUCUAAACCUGCCUUACCAGAUGUGCUUGCCUCUUGGCUAUGAAGCUUGUCCUGUCUGUAAAACGAAGCUAAAAUAUCCAGCAAGUGAUGCUAUUGCAAUGACUUUUUAGGGUUCUGUGGUGCUGUGAAAAUGAAGACCUYCACACAAAUGUUUGUAUUGAAAUAACUGCCAACAAAAAUAAAGUUGGACUCAAACUUGCUUGUAAAAUAUCCUCAUGAGUAUGUGUAACAGGAUCCAAUCAAAUCACCAGGUAACUCUUAAUCAUGACAUUUUGCAGUUUUUGAGUGCUUCAUUUCACAACCUGACUAUUCUUCUACCUUUUCUAGUUAUUACAACAUUUGUACUAAUUAUAUGAAAAAGGUACUAAUUUCCCAGAUGUUUAAAAAGGAUCCUAAGAAGCAGGAGUUCCACUGUCCUUUGGCAUUCUGACACACAGAUGGCUCUCAGCAAGGCAAGACCUUCUACAUUAGAACACUGAACUUARCACCCUGAGACACCAAAAGAAUAAYUGAGAGCAACUGAACACUGUCACUUUAGAAGAAGGAGACUGGAAGAGAGUUUGAACUUCGCU